AUGGCUCUGCGGCUCCUCGGGGGGCUCCUCGCCCUGCUCGGCGCCUGCCCGCUGGGCGCCGCCCGCAGCCCCCCCGGGCCCCCCCCGGCCCCCGGCGCCCCCCGCACCCUCCGCCUGCCCUUCGCCUUCCCCUGGCCAGGCACCGUCUCCCUCCUCAUCGAGACCUGGCGGCUGGAGGAGGCCGAAGGCCCCACGGGCCGGCGGCAGCUGCUGGGCCGGGCGCGCUGGCGGCAGCGCCUGGCGCCGGGGCCCCGCUGGCGCCGGGGGGCCGGGGGGGGGCGGCUGCGCCUGGGCCUGCGCCUCCGCGCCCGGCCCCCCCCGCCCGCCGCCGCCCGCAGCACCCCGGGGCCCCCCCGCUGCGACCCCCCGCGCACCAGCACCCCGGACACCCCCGGCUGCGCCCACCCGCCGCCGGAAGUGACCUCAGCGAAGCCGCCGGAUGUCGGCCGAGAGCCGCCGGAAAUCGCCUCGGCGCUGCCGGAAGUGGCGGCGACGGCGCCGGAAGCGGAAGCGCAGCUGUCGCCCUGCGCCCUGGGGCCCUGCUUUAACGGCGGCGCCUGCGCCCCGGCACCGCCGCCCGGCGCCGGUUACAGCUGCCGCUGCCCGCCCGGUUUCCGCGGCUUCAACUGCGAGCGCCGCGCCGACCGCUGCGCCGACCGCGUCUGCCUCCACGGCGGCCACUGCCUGGACCUGGGCCGGAGCGUGAUCUGCAAGUGCCGGGCGGGCUUCUCGGGGCCGCGGUGCGAGCACAACGUGGACGACUGCAGCCCCAACCCUUGCGCCAACGGGGGCACCUGCGUGGACGGGGCCAACAGCUACAGCUGCUCCUGCACCCUGGGCUACGGCGGGGCCGACUGCCGCCUGCGGGCCGACGCCUGCGCCUCGGGGCCCUGCCUGCACGGCGCCACCUGCUACACCCACUUCUCGGGCCACGUCUGCGCCUGCGCCCCCGGCUUCAUGGGCGCCCGCUGCGAGUUCGAGGUGGGGGGGCCGCCGGCACCCCGCCGGCCCCCGCCGGCCCCACUGGCCCUGGCCGCCGCCCUGCCGCUGGCCCUGCUGGGCCCCGGCCUGGGGCUGGCGCUGGCCGUCCGCCGCCACCGCCGCCGCCCGCCGGCCCCGCGCAGGUCUGACCCCAGCAACGACCACCACGACGGACCCACUUCCAGGGGGGCUGGACCCUCCUCGGCCACCCUGACCACACCCCCUCCAGCAAGCCACGCCCCUUUCAUAGCACCCAGCGGGGCCCUUCUGCCUCGGAAGCCCUGUCCGCUUCCUAAGCCCCACCCCUUCAUAAGCCCCGCCCCUUCACAAGCCCCUCCCCUUCCAAGCACGAAGAAACCCCGCCCAUCUCUCAUCGAGCCCCUCCCCCCCCCAGCACCGAGCCAAUCAGCAAGGAGCAGGCCCGGGGGGCGUGGCAAGAGGAAACCCCGCCUCCCCUUCACGCCCACGUCGGCCAAUGGGGAGGGAGGCGGGGCAGGGAUAAACCCCGCCCUCUCGCGUAGCACAACACCCUCCCAGUCUGGGAGCUGGGAAUGAGACGCAAAUUAAAUGCAAAUCAGAUGCAAAUGAGAA